CGAAAACUCUUUCAGGGCAUUUUCAAACUGAUUAUCAAAAAAAGGAAAAAAAAAUAAUCCCAGAAACCCUAGUAAAACCUCUCUCCGGGUAACUGAGCUUCCGCCUUAGCAUCAAUGGCUUCCGAGGAGGUGGAUUUGGGCAAGCUUCCCUUCGAUCUUGAUUUUCAUCCGUCAAAACAUCUGGUCGCCACUGGUCUUAUCAGCGGUGAACUUCUUCUGCAUGGUUACGCCCCUGAUUCUCAAGCUCAAAGGUUGUUUGCAGUUGAAGCACAUACUGAAUCUUGUAGAGCAGUCAGAUUUAUCAACGAUGGACAGGCAAUCGUAACGGGAUCUCCAGAUUGUUCCAUACUUGCUACUGAUGUUGAAACUGGUGCAGAAAUUUCUCGUGUGGAGAAUUCUCACGGUGCCGCUGUUAAUCGCAUUGUCAAUUUAACGGAGUCAACCAUUGCUUCUGGAGAUGAUGAAGGCUGCGUUAAGGUAUGGGAUACCCGGCAACGUUCAUGCUGCCAUACUUUUCAGAUCCACGAGGAAUACAUUUCAGACAUUACAUUCGUUUCUGAUUCCAUGAAAUUACUUGCCACUAGUGGUGAUGGGACUCUCUCCGUUUGCAAUGUACGAAGUGGGAAGGUUCAAACUCGGUCAGAUUUUUCAGAAGAUGAGCUGCUUUCAAUUGUUGUUAUGAAGAAUGGUAGAAAAGUGAUAUGUGGGACACAAGGUGGAAAUCUAUUCUUGUACUCAUGGGGUUUCUUCAAGGAUUGCAGUGACCGGUUCGUUGAUUUGUCCCCAAACUCAGUGGAUGUACUAUUGAAACUUGAUGAAGAUAGAGUACUCACAGGAUGUGAGAAUGGACUUAUAAGUUUGGUGGGCAUACUACCGAACAGAAUAAUCCAGCCAAUUGCCGAGCAUUCAGAAUGUCCCGUUGAGGGUCUUGCUUUCUCAUAUGAUAAGAAGUAUCUUGGGAGCAUAUCACAUGAUCAUACAUUGAAGCUGUGGGAUUUGGAUGAGAUACUACCAAGUUCUGGAGAUGCAUCAACGAGCCAGGCAGCUGAAGCGAAUAGUGAUAGUGAUGGGAUGGACGUUGAUGAUAGUAACCCAAAAUCUUCUAAAGCAACGAAGAGGAAGGCCAAUGGCAAUAAAGGACAAAACCCUAGCAGUUCAAGCAAUUUCUUUGCAGAUUUAUAAGUCUUCAGUACUGAUUUGCCAAAAAGGUAGCAUUUGCAUGAUUAAAGAUUUUUGCAGUCUUCAACAUAUUGAACCAUAUCAGUGCAGAAGAUUUAGGGUUAAUUCUAUUACGGAGUAUUUGUUUGUACACUCCUAAUCUCUCUUGUACUCUUUCCAUACACUAUAUCAUGUGGUCCUGUGUAUAACGAAAAAUAAUUUUUUUAAUGAUGAAUACGGAGUAUCAUUUUUUUCAUGUAUUUUUCUUGUUAGUCUUCAAAAUGUUAAUUUAUCAAGAAAUGAUUGACCUGUCA